AGAAGUUGAAGCAGCAGCUCCACCUCACCAUCACCUGUGAGAGCGACCAGGAAACAGCAGCACCGUCAGCCCUGCUAACAUUAAAAGCUGAAGAUGAACUUCUCUGUGGAGGAGCUGAUGAACGAGUCAGUCCCGACAGAAAUGACAACUUUCGACCCGAACUUCCCAUAUGAGGUGAUUGAACCGUGCACGUUUGACAACCACCACAGUGUGCAGAUAGUGGUCCACUCCAUCAUAUGCAUCCUGGGCUUCGUGGGGAACAGCCUGGUGAUCGUCACCUAUGCCUUCUACAAGAGAACCAAGUCCAUGACGGACGUCUACCUGCUCAACGUGGCCGUCGCCGACCUUCUGUUCGUGCUGGCGCUGCCUCUGAUCGUCUACAACGAGCUGUCAUCGUGGUCGAUGGGGCGGGUGGCCUGCAAGCUGCUUCGCGGCUCCUACAGCGUCAACCUGUACAGCGGCAUGCUGCUGCUCGCCUGCAUCAGCACCGACCGCUACAUCGCCAUCGUCCAGGCUCGCCGCAGCUUCAGGCUGCGCUCACUCUCGUACAGCCGCGUCAUCUGUGUCAUCGUCUGGGUCUUCGCCAUACUGGUUUCCAUUCCCACCUUUUGCUUCUAUGAGUGGUACGAGCCGUCCCACAGCAAUGAGUACUACAUGUUUGGUGACGAGGACAUUGACAUGGAUGAGCCUUCCCAGUACGUCUGCGAGUUCAAGUUUCCAAGCAGUGAAAUGGCCCAGAAAGGCAAAGUGGCCGUCCCCAGCACCCAGCUGGCCGUGGGCUUCUUCCUGCCGCUGUUGGUCAUGAUCUUCUGCUACACUGCCAUCAUCGUCACCCUGCUGAAAGCCAAAAACUUCCAGCGACACAAAGCGGUGCGGGUGGUGCUGGCGGUGGUGGUGGUGUUCAUCGCCUGCCACCUUCCCUACAACCUGGUGCUGCUGUACGACACUGUCACCAUGUUCGAGCAUUUCGAAUGUGAAGACUUGAAGAUGGUGCAGACUGUCAUGAUGGUGAUGCAGUCCAUCGCCUACCUGCACUGCUGCCUGAACCCGGUGCUGUAUGCCUUCGUUGGGGUAAAGUUCAGGAACCACUUCAGGAGGAUCUGCCAGGACCUGUGGUGUCUGGGUAAGAGGUACAUCGCCCCACGGCGCUUCUCCAGGGUCACCUCAGAAUUCUACGUGUCCACCAUCCGUCGCUCGGUGGACGUGUCCAGUGAGAACGGCUCUUCCUUCACCAUGUGAGGACGCCCGGCAGACUGAUCUCUGGAGCUGAUCUUUUGAGACCUGCGGGUCUCUGAACUUGACUCAUGUCUUUAACUCAUGUUUGUGAUUAUGUGGUUCUCAAUUGAGGGGGUCACAAAAUAUAUCUCAGGGGUGGUUAGAUGGUUCAGACGAUACGAAACAGGAUGACUUUUGGUAUUAAAGAAUGACCUGAACAUUACUGUCUGGCUUUGAGACAGUUUCAUCAUGACUCAAAACUUUCUCAAGAAAGUUCUAAAGCACCAGUGCGUGAGAAAUUCAAAAUAAGAUGAAAUCCAGAAGCUCCCUUGCAUACAGACAAUCGAGAUAUUCAGAAGUUUUAUUGUGUCUUUCUUUCCAGUGUUUUCUGUCUGAUUCAUGCGACCUGAGGAUGUUAGAAAUCCUGAACGUGGAGCUGCUUUUCUCUCUGAUCUGCCUCGACGCUCCAGCAGCUUUUCUCUGUUUAAACUUAAUCUGCUCAGAGAUGAUUUUCAGGAUUAAAAACUGGAACUUUUGCCUGCUCGGAGGUUUUUCACAUCAGUCUGUUAAGACCUGAAGGAAUCUGAACUUGAGUCAGUGGAUGGGCUUUAGAUUUAAUUUACUGUUUGAACUCUCUGUGCCCUCGACUGACGGCUCAAAAAAAAAAAAAAAACGUAUUUUCCUCAUCUCUCACUUCUAUGUUGGUGACUCCUCUGCUCUUUGUUAUUUCUUGUUCAUGUUCCUGUGAUAUUGUGUUUAAAUGAGUUUAUUUUUACAACAUUAAAUAAGUGAUAUUUUACAUUUUCAGAUAUAUAUCUUAGUGGUUUUGAUAUGUCAGAAUAAACAUGGUUUGUGUUUGAUUAAA